AUGAAGUCCUUCUUACUAUUUAUUUUGAUUGUUGGAGUUGGUACCGCAAAGGAAUGGUGGGAAGGUGGCAAUUUUUACCAAAUCUACCCAAGGUCAUUUAUGGAUAGUGAUGGAGAUGGGAUUGGUGAUAUCAAAGGAAUUACCCAAAAGGUCCAGUACCUCAAGGCCAUUGGGAUCGAUGGAGCAUGGCUUUCACCAAUAUUCAAAUCACCCAUGUUCGAUUUCGGCUACGACAUAUCUGAUUACUAUCAAGUCCAACCAGAAUAUGGUACUCUAGAAGAUCUCAUGGAACUUAUUGAAAAAGCUCGAGAGGUUGGUUUGAAGAUCCUUCUUGAUUUUGUCCCUAAUCACACCAGCGACGAGCACGAGUGGUUUAAAAAGUCGAUCAAGCGAGAAGGGAUUUACACAAAUUUCUACAUCUGGGAGGAUGGAAUUCCAGAUCCUAAAAAUCCCGGUGGACGCAACUUGCCUCCAAAUAAUUGGAAUUCCGAGUUUCGUUACAGUGCCUGGGAGUGGAAUGAAGAACGGCAGCAAUACUAUUACCAUCAGUUCGGGGUUCGACAGCCCGAUCUCAACUAUCGUGAUCCCAAUUUGCGUGCAGCCAUGGAAGACGUCCUGAAAUUUUGGUUGGAUAAAGGGAUCGGUGGGUUCCGAAUUGAUGCUGUUCCUUACCUAUAUGAGUAUCAGGAUGCUAGUGGUAAAUUCCCUGAUGAACCUCGUAAUCCCGAUUGUGCAGACCCUGAUGAUUUCUGCUGGACAGUUCACAUCUAUGUCAAGGAUCAGCCUGAGACUUAUGACGUAGUCUAUUCGUGGAGAAAAAUCAUUGAUGAGUACUCGCAGAAACAUGGUGGUGAACCCCGAGUCAUAAUGACCGAAGCUUAUGCUAGCAUGGAUAAUAUUAUCCGUUACUACGGUAAUAGUACGCAUAAAGGAUCAAAUAUCCCAUUCAACUUUGAAAUGAUCCAACGACUAAACAAAAACAGCAACGCAAAAGACUUCUCCCAGGUCAUAGCCGAAUAUUUGUCCAAAGUACCCAAAGGGUCUGAACCUAACUGGGUUUUGGGCAACCAUGACAACAAGAGAGUAUCUACACGAUUUGGUGAAGAUCGAAUGGAUUUAAUUAACAUCUUACUUCAGACCCUACCAGGAGUUGCAGUAACCUACUAUGGUGAAGAAAUUGGCAUGACAGAUGUGCAUAUUUCUUGGGAAGAUACGGUUGAUCCUCAAGCUUGUGGAGCAUCACCGCUGACAUACGAACCCUAUUCAAGGGAUCCUGCUCGCACACCGUUCCAGUGGGACGACUCACCAAACGCUGGUUUCUCCAAUGCUUCAAAGACUUGGUUACCGGUCUCCAACAAUUAUAAGGAAACCAAUGUCAAGGCGGAGGAAAAAAUACCGAACAGUCAUCUAAACAUCUUCAAAACUCUGACCAAAUUAAAAAUGGAGCCAACCAUGCAAGAUGGAAGUUUUGAACAGAAAGUAUUAUCUGAUGAUAUUUUCGUCUAUAAGAGGGAGCUUGCUGGUAGUGAUACUUACCUGGUUGUGAUGAAUUUCGGAAAGGAUGUGCAAACCGUCAGUCUAAAAUCUGCUUUCCCAAACAUUGCUGACCGCGCUGAAGUAGUAGUCUCCUCAACACAAUCACCACUUCAAAGGGGUGACCAAGUGCAGACAGACAACAUCAAAGCUCCGCCGUCGGUAGCAACAGUCUUCAAAUCAUUGAAAUGAAUACAAAAUCAACUAAUGAAGAUUGAAGGUUUCCAUUAAGUAAGAAAUAAAAUAUUGCAGCAA